AUCCGUCAGUGUGUGGAGCGGGCUUCACUAUAACCCUAGUCUGAGCAAGUUCCAGUGGGGAGACGGGCAGAUACUUCACUCUGCGGAUGGUCUGUCAUGGCAGGGUGGACAGCCGGAUCUUUCUCAAGGGAUGGAAUGUGCCUACAUGAAGCACAUCUCUGGAUCCUUCAUCUACAAGAUGACGUCCUGCAAGACACAAAUUGCUGCACUGUGUGACGGUGAACUUGUCACUGAAGACCUGCCCAGAGCUUGGCCAUCUUUCCUGAGGUACACAAAACGGAAUUCCACCGAGUCAAACCAAGCUGGCUUCCCUGGAUGUGUCUUCGAAAGGCGUGGGAUCAGUGGGCAGGUUAUAACAGAAGAAAGCGUUGAUAUAUUGGAUGAUUGUGCUGUCGUGUGCAAGGAAGACGCGAAAUGCAUAUACUUCCUCUACAUCUACAUCUACGAGACGUGGGGCGGCUGUAUUACCCACAAACGGAUUCCUGACUGAAUGUCAACUUUGUAUCUUGCUUUAUCACGCUUUCUCUCAGGACAAAUCUUGUUAUAUUAUCCAGACUGAGGUUAGCUGACAGUCCUGGCACGAUUAAAGUCUUCGAAACCUGUAUUCGUUGCUCUAAACUCAAAUCUCACAAAGUAUAUCAGUGUAGUGGUUACUGACAAGUUGUCUUGCAAAGAUUUUCGAAAAAUGUGUGUUUAAAUAUGUUUCCAAUUAUCUAAGGGAUAAUAACUUAAUCACGAACUUCCAAUCUGGUUUCAUGUCUGGUGAUUCAACUACAAAUCAACUAACGUAUCUGUACGAUUUCAUAGCCAGAGAAAUGGGUAAGGGAAAGGAAGUAAGGGCCGUUUUCUGUGACAUUAGUAAGGCUUUCGACAAGGUAUAGCACAACGGUAUACUUCAUAAAAUUAAAUCAUAUGGUUUAAGCGGCAACUUGUUACUAUGGUUUAAGAGUUACUUAGAAAAUCGAUGUCAACGCGUUGUUAUAAAUGGUUAUAAAUCCGGCCUUAGACCAGUUCUAGCAGGUGUCCCUCAAGGAUCAGUUGUCGGACCGCUAUUUUCAUGCUUUACAUAAAUGAUAUUGUUGAUGACAUUGAUAGCAAUAUAAGACUUUUCGCGGACGACACGUCGCUUUAUGUUAUAGUCCAUGACCCAGAAAAGCUGCGGCUUGUUUAAAUGAGGAUUUAUCAAAAAUAUCUAACCGGGCGGAGGAAUGGCAAAGUGAUAAACACAUAGCAACAUUUGAACAAGAUGGCCUCUGGCAUAGUCAUAUCGAAACCAUUUCAAAGAAGUUGGCCCCAUUAUGAACUGUCUGAGAAGUUUUAAGUAUCGCCUCAACAGAAAGACUCUGGAAACUAUGUACAAAUCAUUUAUACUGCCUAUUUUCGAUUAUGCCAGCCAUAUUUGGCACAAUUGUACAAAUGAACAAAAACCUAUCCUUGGAAAGUUACACCACGGUGCAGUCAGAACUAUAUGUUCAGCUGUCCGUGGCACCAGUCAUGAUAAACUAUACGAUGAAACAAAAUCGUACCUCUUUGGAAAAAAGGAGACAUUCUCAAAAGAUAUGUAUGUUUUAUAGAAUGGAAAAUAAUCUAGUGUCUCCUUAUUUGUCACCUCUUUUACCAAAUAUAGUAUCUGAUUCAACCACUUAUAAUUUAAGAAACAAUCCAAACUUCCAAAGUAUUAAUUGUAGAACUAGUAACUAUGUCAAAUCAUUCCUUCCUGACACAGUCAAUAUCUGGAAUACUCUACCCUCAGACAGUACAAGCGCUCCAUCCCAUGGCGAAUUCAAAAAGAGAUAAAAAAAGGACAAUGUUACUAAAAGAAAUUACUUCAAUCUUAACUGCGGUUCACGAUUCUGUCAGAUCAUUCACUCCCACCUCCGACUUUGUUGCAGCGAUCUCAACGCCGACAAAUUUAAUAGAUAUAUAGCUGAGAGACCAAUGUGUAACUGUGGCUACCAUACUGAAGACAAUCUACAUUAUUUCUUUGUCUACCCCGAUUAUGACUUGAUCAGACAAGAUUUGUAUUACUUUGUGAAAAACUUUGAUUUAAAAUCUGUCCUUUACGGUCAUUUCAGCUCAAACUUAAAAACGAACAUGGAAAUAUUGAAAUCAGUGCACAGCUUUUAUCAGGUAGAUUUCCUGCUUUUGUAAAAUACUGAGAUAUGAAACACAUAACUCCAAAAUUUCGCAAAGAUGUAAAGAUAUGAAACAUACAUGUAAUUAGAUAAUUUUGCCAUAUACCUUUUAAUAUACUGCCAUAAUUUUGAUUGAUAUACGACAUUAUAAUUGCUAUAUUGAUUACACUUACCAACAACACUCAAAUGAUUAUUUUAUGAUGUCACCAAAAUUUUGCAUAAGCCCUUGGCUUGUUCACCGAUCCUCAUUCUUGUAUUUCGAAGUAGAAAUAUGUUUUAACUAGUGGUUACUCUAUUUACUCAGAAUCUAUGUCGUUACAGUGUCAGGACCCCGUGUGGCACCACACGAUAGACCAUUGAUGUCAUUUUACCGUUCCAUUUGGUUAGCGUUAUCAAAAACUGUAUAGCUCUGGAUAUUAGUUUGAGACUGAAUCCCUUAACCGUUAAUUUUGCUUAAUGUAAUCAAACAAGGAGGGGCUCUGUAUUUCUGUUAUUUUGAGACUUUCAGUUAGACCUACGAAAGGUCUGAAACGGUUAUGUUGAAUUCACAGUAUAUUAUGUUUCACAACACCUUGUAUGUCCGUGUUAUUGUUUUUGGAAACUCACAGGACUUAUAUCAAUAUAGUGCCAACAACCCACCAUUAGCUGCCUAGGUUCUUCAGUAAUAUUUCCCCAAAAUGUGUUUAUCAUGUCUUAGGUUGUAUUUUAUCUUUUUAUGAAAAAAGGGAAAUGGCGUAAGAGAUCUCCCCAUUUGCAGAUUUAUUUAGAAAGUUGGGUAAUGGUCACAAACAGAUGGGCAACAUACAGCUGGUAUAUACAACACGCCCAGAAAAACGCUACACCGGUCGGUUGAGACGAAUGUCAAUAGUAACACCACAGGGGUUGG